AUGACUGAAGAUGAAAAGGAAUGCUGGAAAGCAUUUAAGAGACAUGCUCUAAAAACUCACGAAAAUUUUAUCUUUGCUGUUGAAAUUCGAGUUCAGGAAUUGUCAAUGAUUUAUCAAAUAAUUAACGCCAAUAAUAAUCAACUAGGGCUUGAUGAUAUAAACGAAACCAUCCAAAAGAAAGAAUUGUACCCAGAAACUAUGGGAUUGGGCCUCUUUAAUUACUUAUCAAAAAUGAAUCACUCAUGUGAACCGAAUUUACAAAUAGAAUACACCAAGAAUAAUAUCGCGCAUAUUGCUCCUCUUGUUGAUGUACCAAGAGGAGAGGAAGCAACAAUUUCAUACAUAGAUGAAAAAGAUUCAGUAGAAAAUAGACAGGAGAAGCUGUAUAAAAAUUAUGGAUUCAAAUGCGAUUGUAACAAAUGUAUUCUAGAAGGUUCAAAUUACAAACUGUAA